AUGCGGGAUCAACAUGCGUACUGCUUCCAUGUAGAUGAAGAGCCAUACAUUAAGCCGUGGUAUUACGAUAUCGAAAGGUUUAUUGAAACAAGAGAGUAUCCAGAGAAUGCUGCCAAUAGUCAGAAGCACGCACUCAGAAGGCUGGCAAAUCACUUUUUCCUCAAUGGGGAAGUCCUAUAUAGGAGGACCUCAGACUUGGCUUCUACAUACAACGCCGUCAAGAAGAAAGUAGUGGUAUAUUUUGUUCGUAAAAACAUAGUCUGCCGGUUUGGGAUACCCGAGUCAAUCAUCACUGAAAAUGCAGCUAAUCUCAAUAGUGAUUUCAUGAGGGAAAUUUGCGAUAAGUUCAAAAUUGUCCACCGUAACUCUACAACCUAUAGACCACAAAUGAAUGGAGCAAUUGAAGCAGCCAACAAAAACAUCAAAAGGAUUCGUCGAAAGAUAGUGGACAAUCAUAGGCAGUGGCACAAGAAAUUAUCCUUUGGCUUACUAGGUUAUCGGACUACCAUGAUGGCAUCCAUUGGGGCAACGCCAUACAUGUUGGUAUAUGGCACUGAAGCAUUGAUACCCGUAGAAGUCGAGAUACCAUCCAUAAGAGUUAUUCAAGAAGCCAAGUUAGAUGAUGCAGAAUUGAUACAGAUCAGGCAGGAGCAACUCAUGCUCAUUGAUGAGAAGAGAAUUAAUGCAGUAUGCCAUGGUCAGCUGUAUCAAAAUAGGAUGGCCAGUGCAUUAAACAAAAGGGUGAAACCUCGCCAAUUUACACCAGGGCAAUUGAUUUUGCAGAAAAUAUACCCUCAUCAAGAAGAAUCCAUGGGAAAGUUUGUGCUAAAUUGGCAAGGUCCUUAUGCGAUCCACUGA